AUGCUCCUCAUCAAGGUCCUCGUGCUCGGCUUCGCCGCCGUUGCUUCCGCCCAUUGCUCGAGCCCCGACGGCGGCACCUCGUGCGGCAGCCACGUCAGCGCCGCCAGCUCCGCGGCCAAGAGCGCCGUCACCAAGAUGCUGUCCAAGCGCGACCAGAGCGCAAUGGAGUUGUACAAGGAGAUGUUCCCCAACGGAGCCAGUCGGAUAUCCACGUCGGGCGAGGGGCUGCUGUGUGGACUCAGGGCGCUGCUGAGCAGCCUAGAGGCGCAGAUGCCGGAUCUGAAGCCGUUCCCCGACGUCGAACAGAUGCACGCGUUUGCCAACUACGGGAACACGGCGGAGACGUACAACCAGUGGAGGGCAGACACGCGCGACCCCGAGGAUACCCUGGAGGAGGUCAAGUCCAACUACCCGGCCGAUUUCCUCGCCGGGGUCCUCAGCGAUUGGGCGAUGGCGUGCCAUGGCUUUGGGCUCCAGUUGGGAGUCCGACGGCGCGAGUUCGGCACUUCCCCCGACGGCUACUUGGUCAUCCGGACCGGCAACACGCCCAUUGGAACUCUCUGGGUGGCGCAUUCCAGCGAUCAUUACGAAGGGCUAAAGCCGAACCCGGGGCCGAACAGGCCGUGGCUCACAGGCAACAAAAUCGUAUAG